AGCAACAGCAGCAGCAUGCAACACACUAAUCCAAAAGAGCAGCAGCUGCAGCUGCGGCACAAACAACAGCGCUGCAGACAACAUCCGCGGCAAGGUGGCAAAGAAAUCGGUGCUAAGAAGAUUUGGCUGCCGCUUAUCAUUUUCCUUUCACUGCAGGUUGCUCUGGUCUUGGCGGACGACGUUGAGGUGGUGAAGGCCAUUGCUGGCGGACCCGACGACGACCUGGCCCUCGCCCUAUCCGAGCACGAGAACGAGCUCGACCAGAUGGCCCAGGAGUCGGAGCAGGAGCAGCAGCAGCAGCAGCAGCAGGCUCAGCAGCAGAUCCAAAUGCAGGUCCAGCAGCAGCAGCAGCAGCACCAACAGCAGCAGCAGCAGCAGCCACCUCCACAGUCGGUGCUGGUGCCCAAGGUGCAGGUGCACUACCAGCACAACAUGCCCCCGUCCCCGCCCCAGUUGGGUCUCACACUGCGCAGCAACCACCAGAACAUUCCUCUAAGUUUUGGCCAACCCUUUGGACCUCCGCCGCCGCCUGGAGCCCAGUUCUACAAGGGACCACCCCCACCGCCCCAGCGCCAGUCCCAACAGCAGCAGCAGCAGCAACAGCAACAGCAACAGCAACAGCAGAUGCCCCAGCAGGUACAGGUGCAGCAGGUGCAGGUGCCCGACCUGAGUGUGGGUGCCUCCAGCAACAACGAAAUCUGGGCCUCGCCCGUGCAGGAUAUGCCCAAGAUCGUGUCGCUGGACGUGAAGUGCGAGAAGAACGGCAUGAAGGUGUUUGUCCAGUUCGACAAGCCCUUCAACGGGAUCGUGUUCUCCAAGGGCCACUACAGCAAUAUGAACUGCGUGCAUCUGCCGUCCGGAUUGGGCCGGACCUCUGCCAGCUUUGACAUCGGGCUGCAUGAGUGCGGCACCGCCGGGAACACGGACAACUACAGCCAGGGCUACGGACACGACCAGAGUGUUUCUGGGGCGGGGACGGGGGCCGGCACUUACUUCGAGAAUAUCAUUGUAAUCCAGUACGAUCCGCAAGUGCAGGAGGUGUGGGACCAGGCCCGGAAGCUGCGCUGCACGUGGCACGAUCAGUACGAGAAGAGCGUCACUUUCCGGCCCUUCCCCGUCGACAUGCUGGACGUGGUCCGAGCGGACUUUGCGGGCGACAACGUCGGCUGCUGGAUGCAGAUCCAGGUGGGCAAGGGCCCCUGGGCCUCCGAGGUGUCCGGGCUGGUAAAGAUAGGGCAGACCAUGACCAUGGUGCUGGCUAUCAAGGACGAUGACUCCAAGUUUGACAUGCUGGUGCGCAACUGUGUCGCCCACGACGGCAAGAGGGCUCCCAUCCAGCUGGUAGAUCAACGGGGCUGCGUGACCAGGCCCAAGCUCAUGUCCCGCUUCACCAAGAUCAAGAACUUCGGGGCCUCUGCCUCGGUGCUGUCUUACGCCCACUUCCAGGCCUUCAAGUUCCCCGACUCCAUGGAGGUGCACUUCCAGUGCACAAUUCAGAUCUGCCGCUACCACUGCCCCGAGCAGUGCUCCUCCGAGACGAACCUCCAGGAUGUCCAUCACCUACAGGUGGGCCCGGAGUCCCAGUAUGGACCACCACCCCCGCAGCUGCAUGUGGAUGCCUACCACGUGGCGAGUGCCAUUGGCAAGAGGCGCGAUGAGCGCAGGGUUCAGCGUCGGGCCCGAGCCGUGGCCGAGCCCCAGGUGGGUCUGAACCGCAUCAUCAAGGUGGUUUCCUCCGGGGAUCUGACCUUUGCCAUUGACGAACAGGGCGGCAACGCCACCAACGCUUCCGGAUCUGGUUCGACUGCGCAGACAAUGGUAUUCCCCGUGCGAGAGGAGGGCCUGAUCUGCAUGACCACGCCGGGCUUCGCCAUCACGCUGAUCGUGCUGCUAGGCAUCCUGGUCACCUCCUGUCUCACGUCUGCCAUCCUGUACGUCCGCCUGCGCCCCUUCUCCUCAUUUACCGCCAAGGAGCGGGCCGUUGCCUUCACGAAUCCCCAACUGGCUGCGGCCGCCGUAGCCGGCGCGCUGCCCGUCCUCCAGCUGGCGUCGCCGGCGGAUGUUCAAGGCACUCUCUCCAAGAAGCGGGCGCUGUCAUGAGCUAACCCCAACUGUUGCUAGUUCCGGUUACGGUUCCGGAAACGCAUGCUGGAACGGGCACUCGCUUCGAUUCUUGUGCCAGCCAUUGGGAAACUGGUUCCGUUAUGGGUUCCGCUACUGGCUGCGGUACUAGUUCCGAUUGUGCUUCCAGUUCCAGUUCCGGGCCUGGGUACAGUUGCGUCUGCGUCUGCGGCUCUUAAAUUUGUAGCGUACGCUUCGUUAGAUUAAUUUUUGAUACAAAUUAUAUAAACAUUAAAUCAAGCCAAGUUUACUGGGUCCCCCCCCCCCCACGCUUCACCCAUCCCUGCCCAUGCACCUGCACACUAUUUGCAACCGACCGAUGAGAGUUGUCAAACGAUUCCCUCCAUUUUCCCUGUUGGUGGCAGUCGAUAAUCGAUUUAUUUUUGUUUUAGUUUAAGCCUAGGUUCUACUUCUUUGAGACGGUGCUAUGCCAUGCCACGCCCCCGUCCAAGCCCACAGUUGUAGCUUUCUCUCACAUUUGAUUCGACCUUUGAUUACUUAGAGUAUUUCCGGUAAGACUCUCUUAAGACUUUGUAGACUCACACACAAACACACAGACACGCACAUACAUGCAUACACAUACACGUACACUUGAAUUAGUCACUAAAUAUUUUAAGCGCUUUAAGCCUUAGUCUAAGCCGAACAUUUUGCUCCCCACUGUCGCCCAUUCCCGAUGAUUUCCGAACGAUGAUUUGAAUCUACACAUUGUACUACUUACCCGUACAACAGACACAUAUUGUAGUACUCGUACACCCUGUAGUCCACUUAUUUAUUUAUACACAUAAUGAUUUAAUUAUUCAUACAACACACAUAUACAUAUACACAUACAUAUACGAGUAUAUAUGCAACCAUAUAUAUGCAACCCUAUAUAUAUCUUUGAUUUUUUUUGCGUAAUUUUGUAAGCGGCGCCAAGAGAGUGAGAAGAGAAAAAGUGUUCA